CUGCUAGGGGAAAGCGAGAAAGAGAAACAUUCGCGUGUGAGUGUUUGGCUUUCUUUCUUCCUCCCCUGGUGGCACUGGCAGCACUGGCACGGCUUUGUACAAUCCAGAGCUUUUCGAGAGAUUUUCUCUCGAUUCUUUCCUUUCGCUCUGCCAGUAGCGGCGGCAUUAAUUGAUCCAGGGAGGGACCAAUCUUCGCCGGAAGAGAGCGAGUUCUCGUGUUUUUCUCUCGAGUGGAUUCAUUCCGAGGGAGAAAGAAAAGAUUCUUUCCCCUGUUCUUCCAGAUGAGCUCGCCAAUCAUCGUGCUGUCAGUCCUCCUCUGCUGCUGGAAGAUCCAAUUCUCUCGCGCGCUGCCCACAUUCCGGGGAGGAUUGAAUCGCGCAGACGGUCUCUGCGUGAAGCUCGUCCAGCCUUACGGAUACCAAUGCGAGGAAUUGGCUGUCGAGACGAAGGAUGGGUUCCUUCUGGGCGUGCAAAGAGUGUGGAGCGCGAGCUACAUUGGCGAGCGAAAGAAGCCAGUGUUCCUCAACCAUGGCAUUCUCAUUGGCGGGGAUAUUUGGGUGCUCAAUGCGCCUCCGGAGUCUCUGGCGUUCAUUCUCGCCGACGCUGGUCACGACGUUUGGAUCGCCAAUGUGAGAACCAGCGAAUUCAGCUAUGGCCAUGUCUCUUACAGCAGAUCGGACAGGGAAUUUUGGGAUUGGAGCGUGGACGAGCUCUCGGCGUAUGAUCUCCAGGCAAUGCUGGAGAUGGUUUACGCGAGAACGAACAGCAAGGUCUUGUACGUUGGCUACUCACAGGGAACUCAAGCGGCAUUCGCAGCGUUCUCCGAGCACAGGCUCGUUGACAUUGUGGAAAAAGCUGUGAUGCUUGCUCCAGUUGCUUAUGUUGAUCACGCAACCUCGCUUCUCACUCUUGGAGCUCAAACUCAUCUCGAUCUGCUCAUUGCAUCGCUCGGCAUCUACGAAUUCAGCCUCCGAGCUCAGAACAAACCUGUGACUGAGUACCUUUGCAAGCUCUCGGAUGAUCCAGAAUGCACCGAAAACUUUGUCACGCUUCUCGCAGGUCCAAAUUGCUGCAUCAAUGACACACGCCGAGCGUACUACGAAAUUUACGAGCCUCAAUCAACAUCUGCAAAGAACUUUGGCCAUCUCGCGCAACAGUUCCGAGGCAAGAGCUUCGACAAGUUCGACUAUGGAUUCUGGCAAAACCUCGUCCGCUACGGCUGGAUCUCUCCCCCGACGUACUCGCUUCCCAACAUCCCAAGAACAAUCCCGUUCCUCUUCUUCUACGCGGCCAAGGACGCUCUCGCCGCUCCACAAAACGUCGCGCAGCUCGUCUCCGAGCUUCAAUCCAAGCCCGACCUCGUCUUCCUCCCAGACUACGCGCAUCUCGACUUCGUGGUGUCAUACAACGCCAAAGAUCUCGUCUACCCCAAAGUCGUGGAGUUCUUCAACUCGUAAAGGAUUGCUCGAUCGAUAGCGAUUGAGAUUACUGUGUAAAGUAAAAGAACACUGAAAAAAAAGUUCUACCGUA